UGGCGGAGGACAAUAAGAAGAUAAGUGAAGAGGAGGAGGCAAUGGCUAGGAAAAAUCUACCUGAGGAGAUCAUUGCGGACAUACUUUCAAGGCUUCCGGUCAAAUCUCUUCUGAGAUUCAGGUGCGUAUGCAAACCCUGGUUCGCUCUUAUUACAGAUCCUGCUUUCAUCAAGAUGCACCUCAGCCAAUCCCUUGCAACCAAUAGCAACCUCUGCCUCAUUUUCAAGACGCACCUCAUCCCAUCCCUUGCAACCAAUAGCAACUUCAGCCUCAAUUUCAAUUCAUCCAAUCUGCGCUCUGUUGAGUUAGAUGUUUGCGAACAAGAAGCGGCGGUAGAACUCGAUCAUCCGCUCAAGUCUUUAGUUUACGAACCGUUUGUAUUGGGUUCUUGCAACGGCUUACUCUGUAUAUCCAACUAUAAUGAUGAGGACAUAUUCCUCUGGAAUCCUUCUACAAGAACGCAUAAGAAGCUUCCCAUUAUCACCAACCCCUUUACCCGCUUUGUUGCUUAUGGAUUCGGUUACGAUCCCAUUACAGACGAUUACAAACUGGUAAGGGUGCAGCAGCAAUUUUCUGGUCAUAAUAACUACGAUUUGCAUUCGGAGGUGAAGGUUUACUCGCUUAGCACCAACUCAUGGAGAACGAUCGGCGACAUGCCCUUCUUCCACACCAUCCUUAGCAAAUCUGGGGUUCUUGCAAAUUCUACUCUUCAUUGGCAGACCGGGACCCACAACGAGUUCAAUGUUAUCGCUUCCUUUGACCUUAAAGAUGAGAAGUUUCGAGAGAUCCCACUGCCUGACUUUGUGGAUGAGGCUCCCAGGGAAUUCGGGCUUCGUAACUUUGAGAUGACAAUGGGGGUUCUUGGAGGACAACUCUGCCUGCUCUGUAACUUCACGUGGGAUGAUCAUAUUGAGUUGUGGGUAAUGAAGGAUUACAGUGUGAAGGACUCUUGGGCAAAACAGUUCUCAAUUGGGCUUUCGAUUCAGCCAUUAAUAUGCUUUGAUCACUUCAGCCCUGUAUGUUAUUCAAAGAAUGAUUUACGUUCUAAGGUACAAUUCCUAUAUUUACACUUGUCUCCUACUCAUUUGUGUAUUUACACCCUUGCCUUGAACAAUUAUUGUUUCAUCUCAAAAACUCUCACUGAUGAGUCUUCCAUUCUUGCAAUUGUCUGA